AUGCCCUCUGACUCAGAGGAGAAGGAGCCUUUGGGAGCCACUCGACAUUCACUUCACCCCAACACUAACCCGCAUGACCCCCACCCUGGGGGUACAUCGAAGGAGGAAGGGGCGCCAAGUGUGCGGCGGUUGGCAUCCCUGAGCCAUGGCUCCAAGAAGAAUCUUCUGCCCAGCAGAUCCCGCCCCUCCUUGCAGGUCCCAGCCCCUUCCCGGGAGGGGAGAACCAGAGACCGGCAUGUAGCCUCGGCCCUCCUCACCGCCUGGUCCCAGAUGCCAGUGACCUUUGAGGAUGUGGCUCUGUACCUCUCCCGGGAGGAGUGGGGCCGCCUGGACCACACUCAGCAGCGCUUUUACAGGGACUCCCUGAAGAAGAAGAAUGGCCUUGGGUUUCCCUUCAACAAGCCUUGCUUGACUUCCCAAGUGCAGGGAAAGGGUGAGGCCUCCGGCUCUGGACACCAGAUGGGAGAUGAGGAAGAGGAGGAGGAGAAGGUGAUCCUGUGCACCGAAGUCGAGAAGGAGGCCCUGCGUCCAGCUGCCAUGGGGGAUAUGAAGCCCUUCCGAACCCAGCAGGGGACAGCCCUGGAGGGCACCCUGCAGUGUGAGCAGUCAGCCACCAGCAGCCAGGGCUCAGGACAUGCUGAGGACAAUUUGUCACACGAGCCUUUGGAGCAGGGACAGCUGAAGGCAGCCUCAUCCGCCACCAGCCUUCCAGAGACCCAGGAGGGUAGAAUCCCUGAGAAACCUAGACUAGAGAAUCAUGUUCUCUCAGUCUCUGGCAGUGAGCGGCGCCGUGCCAGUGAGGGCGAGACCAAUAGUCAUAGUAACAGCGGCACUAGCAGUAAGAAGACCCAUAAGUGCGAGCAGUGUGGCAAGUGCUUCAAUGAUCGUUCCAAUUUCAAUGCGCACCGGCGCAUCCACACAGGCGAAAAGCCCUAUGGCUGCCCCGACUGUGGCAAGCGCUUCAACCACAGCUCCCACCUCAAUGCCCACCAGCGCACCCACCGUGGCAUCCGGCCCUACUCCUGCCCACUGUGCGGCAAGAGCUUCACCCGCCACUCGACCCUGAUUGAGCACGAGCGCAUCCACACGGGUGAGAAGCCCUAUGCCUGCAACCACUGCGCCAAGCGCUUCGCCCGCCGGUCGGACCUCAACACCCAUCAGGCCAUCCACACUGGCAUCAAGCCCCACAAGUGCUCCGUCUGCAGCAAGUGCUUCACGCAGAAGUCAGCUUUGGUCACCCACCAGCGCAUUCACACUGGUGACAUGCCCUACCCGUGCCCUGAGUGUGGCAAAGGCUUUAGUCAUCGCUCUAUCCUCAUUGCGCACAACCGCAUCCACACGGGCGAGAAGCCCUACCACUGCCUUGAGUGCGGGAAGAACUUCAACCACAGCUCGCAUCUCAGCGCCCACCAGCGCAUCCACCUUGGCAUCCGGCCCUACUCCUGCUCCGUUUGUGGAAAAAGUUUCAGCCUGCGCUCCAACAUGCUUCAGCAUGAGAAAAUCCACAACAAGGUGCCCAAGACCCCGGCCGGUGCAGUGCUGGGGGCAUCUGGAGCCCUGGUGGCAGCCCCAGCUACAGCGACCAGGCAGUCUGUGAGAAGGGGUCAGGGCACCAAGGAGGAGCAAGGGCCCCAGCCAGAGCGAGGAACAAUUGGGAAGAUUAUUAAGGAGGAGCCAGACAUUGAAGUGUUUGUGGUAAAGUGGGAGGAGCCAGAUGAGGAAACAGCUGCCUAG